AUGAAAAGGGAAAGCCCCGACGCUGUGAAUGGAGAGGAAAGCCAGAUCACUGUAACGGAGCCGGAAUUGCCAAUGAAGUUGUUUUAUUCAAAUCAGCCAGAGGCGGGUUCCCUUCCGAGUUCAACGGAGGCUUGGAAGAUUAUUAUUGCUGGUUCGGUUCCAAGUACUUCACGUGUCCGUUGCCUGGCUGGGAUGAACUCACGAAAGAAUGCCGAUGGACCGAGUGCCAAGGAAAUUGUGAAGAAGGCGAAACCGAAAUAG